UCCAAAAAAUUCUCUCCUAGUCCUCGUUUCCUUUGCCUUCUAGUUCUUUGGCAUCAACCUGAAGAGAAAUCCGGUUUCUCAAAAAAAAAAAAAUAAAUAAAUAAAUAAAGAGAAAUCCAGAUGCCCAAUACACCUAUUUCUCUUUUCUCUUAAAUACCUUUCCCACACAUCAAUUUUUCCUUCCUUUUUUUUUUUUUUUUCUUUUUCUUUAUAUUGAAGAUUCCUAUUUCACACUCCUAAUAAAACAAGACUCUCUCUCUCUCUCUUUCUCUUUCUCUCUCUGCGUAUAUAUAUUUUAGGAUUGGCUUUUACGUCUCAUUGUAAAAUAAUCAUAGAAACUCCCUGUCGAGUCAUCAUAGAACUUCUUCCCCUGUUUUCUCUCUCAACUUUCUUUCUUGGUGUUGUUUGAGUUUGUGUCCCACCAUGUCUUCCAUAUCACAUGGUUUAGUCUUGGCCACAGCCAUGGUUAUCUCUAGCACCGUACUCUAUCUUUCUUGUAGGCAAAGGUCUUUCCCACCAUCCCAUCUUUCCCGGAAUCAAAAUUCCCAGCAGCCUCAAAAGCUAAUUCUACGUUCUUGUCUACAUUCAGGGGAAAAGAAAAGGGAGAGAAAGAAGAAGAAGGUGCAAUUUGCUGAGAAUGUGAAGGAACCAAGUGGGAAUGGUGAGGAGUACAGGAAAGGGCAGAUGCAGAUGAAGUUGAGCAAAUUUAUUGAAGAGAAUUGCAGAAACAAAAUCCCCACAAUUGGUGGAAUGCAAGAGAAUCGGACUGCUUUGUAUAAUGGAAUUCUCAAGGAUCGUGUCCGUGUGCAAAGGAUGCAGUGCUCAUGUUGACGACUUGUGUACAAUUCUUGGCUUUAUUUUUGGCUGCCGAGCAACAAAAAUCUUUUGAGUUUUUGUGAUUGUAAAUGAUUUUGUGUGUUUUUUAGAGGAAUAGUUGUAAAUUGUAAAUGCUUGGUCUUCUAACAACUCGUGGUUUUUUUUUUUUUUUGGUUUAAUGAGACAUAUUGGGCAAAGAUUAGUUUC